CGUCAGUAUCCGGUUAACAUUUGGUGCGCCUUAACCGUGUUUUUCUGGGAAAGUCCAGGUUUCCACAUGGACGUACCCAGUACGUUCUUGGACACUGUUGUUUGAACAAAUCGGUCAAUGUGGGCAGUCGGUCCCAACAAGCAUAAGCAUUUUCUACUGWCGGUUUAUCUAUCUAUCGGUGCUUCAGUUUAGUUGCCGGCAGCUCGACCAACAGUGAAAGACAUUCUACGUGAGGUUCUCGUCCCAGUCGAAGACWUUGCGUUAGUUUUCUGGGUUCUUCGAGCGCAUUGCGGGCGUCCAAAUUUGUGGCCAAUUUCUCAAGUGGUUCUUUUUUUUCUGUGAGCGAAAAAUGAAAAUUCUUUUUCGCUAGGGAAUUAGUGACCUUUGUGGAUUAAAGCAGGCAAAGGAUUUAGACAAAUCAAGCAAGGGCGAUUUGGCCGAGUGAUAAUCACGUCGAAGGACGGCAUCAAAAACAUGCUUCGAACGGACGUUUGGAAGGAGAUGCGACAACUGGAUGAUCUCAUCCAGAACAUGACUGUCCAUUUCCAAGAGGAGCAAUUCAAUUAUUCAAAUAUCUGCGCCAAAUGGAUGGAUGAGUGCUUUCAGAACGACAUUUUAAAUCUGGAGUAUAUUAUGGAUGAAGUGGAAGCUGGAGAGCGAAACUUAACAUUUCCUCUGACUCUCAACACGGUAACAUUCGACGUUCACGCUCUUCCAGUGUUCUUUGGCGGCACCGAAGUGAGUGAGGACGGAUUAGUUAUAAGCGUCCCAUCCGUCCAGCUUGUGUACUUUGGAAAUGCCGACAACAAGAAAAUCGACGCCUUAGGUGGCGCUUGGGAGGAAGGCUUUCUGAAUCUAAUCGAACAAGUCCAGGACAUCGAGAACCGUUUCAAACACAUCCGAAUAGCGCGAUUUGCGUCGAAGACUUUGGAUCACGAACUGGAAAAAAACGCCCGUUCGGUGAUUCCUUAUUUCACCUCGACGUUUGUGAUCAUGGCAAUUUUUUCAGUCGUGACUUGCAUGAUGACGGACUGGGUGAGGUCGAAACCCUGGCUAGGACUGCUGGGAAAUAUUAGUGCGGCAAUGGCAACUUUGUGUGCAUUCGGAAUCUGCAUGUAUGCAGAUGUGGAUUUUAUUGGGAUUAACUUGGCGGCCCCUUUUUUGAUGAUUGGCGUAGGAAUUGACGAUACAUUCGUCAUGCUGGCGGCUUGGAGAAGAACGUCCAUAAAAACGCCCGUUCCACAAAGAAUGGCCGAAAUGUUGGGCGAAGCUGCUGUUUCCAUCACCAUCACUUCCGUCACCGACUUUUUCAGCUUCGGUAUUGGGAUUUUCAGCCCGUUCCCAUCGGUCACCAUUUUCUGCAUUUAUUCUGGUGCAGCCACUCUACUGCUCUUUAUCUGGCAUUUAACAUUCUUUGCUGGAUGUGUGGCAGUUUCUGGAUAUUGCGAGCAGAAAAACCUCCAUUCAGUGUUUUGCUUUAAAGUUGAACCCGUUUCCCUAUCAGAGGACAGAUGUUGGUUAUACAAAGUGUUCUGCAGUGGAGGAGUCAAUCCGAAUGACAUGGAUAAUCCAAAAGACAACACCGAGCACGGAUUGAUGGUCUUCUUUCGGGAUUAUUUUGCGGUGUUCUUAAGCAAUGGCUUUGUGAAAGUCUUGGUUAUUCUGAUAUUCGGCUGUUACCUGGCUGGGGCCGGCUAUGGAGUCACGCAAAUCGAAGAGGGACUAGAAAGACGAAAAGUCGCCAAAAAUGGCUCGUAUGCUAUCGAGUUUUUCGAUCGAGAGGACGAUUAUUAUAGGGAAUUUCCUUAUAGAGUGCAGGUGAUAGUGGCGGGCGAAUACGACUAUUCCGACCCGAAAAUUCAAGCACAAAUCGAAAAUUUAACGCGCACAUUUGAAAACACUUCGUACAUAACGAACAGCCUCUACACAGAGUCCUGGCUGCGAAGCUUCCUGCAAUACGUCGACAGGAACGCCGAUUAUCUGAACAUCUCCAUUAAUUCCCGAAAGAACUUCAUGGAAGCUUUGGAAGAGCGCAAAUGGUUGGAUCCGUCCAGUGCCUUUUCGCUGGACGUGAAGUUUGAUGAGAAAAACGAGAAAAUUAUCGCGAUGAGGUUCCUGAUCCAAGCAGUGAAUAUUUCGGGCACCGAGCACGAGAAGGAGAUGGUGCGGGCCUUGAGGAAAAUCUGCAAAGAUUCACCAUUGAAUGUCACAGUUUUCCAUCCUUACUUCGUCUUCUUCGACCAGUUCGAGCUAGUGCGGCCUUUAACCAUACAAAACGUUCUAAUCGGGGGCGGCAUCAUGAUGAUAGUUUCCUUCAUUUUCAUCCCCAAUGUCUUUUGCGCCGUUUGGGUGGCCUUCAGCAUCAUCUCCAUCGAACUGGGCGUGAUCGGCUACAUGGCCUUAUGGAAAGUCAACUUGGAUUCCAUUUCCAUGAUCAACAUCAUCAUGUGCAUUGGAUUUAGCGUAGACUUCACUGCUCACAUUUGCUACUCCUACAUGUCCUCCACAGAAAAGACUCCCAAUGAGAAGAUGAGGAUGGCUCUAUAUUCGCUGGGAUUGCCAAUAUUUCAAGCAAACAGUCAUUUGUGAAUGUAAUAACUAUUUGUGUAAGAUUUUUUGUACGACCAGAAAUAAAUAAAUAAAUAAAUGUAAACAUAGCAAUACAUACAUA